ACACUAUCCGAGUAAACAGUCAGAAGGUAGUUUUCGGUGUAUACGUACUGCAGCGAUAUGAACAUUAUUUAUAAACAAUGAUCUCAUCGUUGUUGGUUGAGGAAGACAGUGCAUAAACAAAUUUCCGUACGUGCGGUUUUCUUUGAUAAUUUUGCAUACAACCUGGCUGCCAAUCCACCAGAAAGAGACAUGGCGGGAGCCAGCAAGGAGGAAAAGUCUGAGAGUUCGACAGAAUCCAAGGAAAUCCAGAGGUCCGGAGACACCAUGUCCGAGCUCAUCGUCAGCACAGUUAAAAAGGUGUCCUUAGUGGGCAUAGUCUACUUGGCCGGUUACAUGAAUUGGUCAGUUGCAUGGCUCAUUGGACCGAUUGUGAUGCUGGUGGUUCGCGAUCAGUGGAGGAAGGAUAACAAAAUCAGAAGAAAUAUGGCCCAAGCAGUGGCAAUGUCCAACGAGAAGACGGUCAUACAAGCUAGAUUGAACGAUUUACCAGCUUGGGUGUUCUUCCCAGACAUUGAACGAACCGAAUGGUUAAAUCGGAUUAUAAAGCAAUGUUGGCCUAAUGUAAACAGCUACGCCAAACAUUUGAUUAUGAGUUCAAUUCAACCGGCGUUGAGAACAAGCUUGGAGAAGUACAAGUUGAAUGGUUUUAAAUUUGAGCGCAUCAUCUUAGGAGAAAUCCCAUUCCGCAUUGGUGGUGUUAAAGUCUACGAUAAAAAUAUAUCCAGGAAUGAAAUAAUCAUGGAUUUGGAUAUUUAUUACGCAGGAAACUGCGAUAUAAGUUUCUCUGUUUCUGGUAUGAAAGGUGGAAUCAGAGAUUUCCAAUUGCACGGUAUGCUUCGCGUCGUGAUGAAACCUUUGAUUUCCGAAAUUCCUUUGAUCGGUGGUCUUCAGGUCUUCUUCCUGAACAACCCGACCAUCGACUUCGAUUUGGUCGGAAUCGUGGACAUCUUCGACUUGCCGGGAUUCAGUGACAUUCUGAGGAGGAUUGUAGUGGAGCAGGUCGCCUCGAUGAUGGUGCUUCCAAAUAAGUUCCCAAUCAAGCUGAGCGAUACGAUUGAAUCGGAAAUUUUGAAACGUCCCGAACCUGAGGGUGUGUUGCGUGUGCACGUGAUAGAGGCUAAAAAUCUCAUGAAGAAAGACAUCAGCGUCUUGGGUAAAGGUAAAUCAGAUCCGUAUGCGGUUUUGAAGGUCGGAGCUCAAGAGUUCCAGACGAAGACUAUUAUGAACACCGUCGAUCCGAAGUGGGACUACUGGUGCGAGGCAAUGAUUAGUUCGAGGGAGGCCCAAUUGUUAACCUUAGAAUUGUGGGAUUGGGAUCCUGGCUUACCAGGUACCUUUAACGAUGACCCAUUGGGAAGGGCUACGAUAGAAGUCGCAAAUGUCGCUAAAAAGGGUCAAGAAGAUUUGUGGAUCACCUUAGAACAAGCCAAAACUGGAAUCGUUCACUUGCGACUGACCUGGUUGAAACUUAGCACCAGUUACGAAGAUCUGAAAGCUGCUUUGGCUGAAACACAAAUCCUGCGCGUCACCGAUAUGCACACUGCCAUUCUGUGCCUUUACAUAGAUUCUGCAAAGAUGCUUCCGCAAAUGCGUUCGAGCACCAAGCCCGAUCCAUAUUUGACUAUUAGAGUAGGAAAAUACUCGCAGCAAACUUCUGUCGUUAUGAGAACGACGGACCCUGUUUGGCAGCAGGGCUUCACCUUCCUCGUUGCAAACCCUGAAUCGGAUUCGAUGUACUUCAAGGUUUUGGAUCAGAAGACUGGAGGUGAGAUGGGAGAGCUCGUCUAUCAACUCACCACGCUUUCGCAAAAAGUCAAAUUGGAAGUACCACAACAACCUUUCGGUCUCAAGAAGGGCGGACCUGAAAGCAAAUUGGUCAUGUCCAUGCACAUGAGGAUUUUGAAAAGCGAUUUGCCUGAAGAAAACGAAGUACCUAUUCAGCAAGAUUCUGGGCUUCAUAGGCAAGGAUCGACAUCUUCAUCGGCUAGUUCAAUUAUUCCGCCAAGUCCCAUAAGGAAACCUAUCAUCUCCAGAGAACCGUCAGUGGCAAGCACCGGAGGUGUGAGUCAAUUGGGUGUUACAGAACGUGCCGAAGAAGUUCUUGUUGAAGAAGAGACACCGUUACUCACCUCGGCUCCAGCACCAAUGACCACCGGUUUGAUUCAUCGUUCGCCCAGCAUCACUUCAUCAACUGGAGAUCAAGGAUUGGGACGCAUCCAACUCACCCUGAGGUACAGCGUUAACAUGCAGAGACUCAUUGUGGUGAUACACAAAGUCGCAAAUAUUCCUCUGAAGGAUCCAUCGAAUAUCCCGGAUCCAUACGUUAAGCUCUAUUUGCUGCCGGACAGAUUGAAAGAAACUAAACGUAAAACUGCAGUAAUCAAAGAUAAUUGCAAUCCUAUCUUCGAUGAGCAAUUCGAGUACGUCAUUUCCCAAGGGGAGUUGACGAGCCAACAAUUGGAAAUCACGGUCUGCACCCAAAAACAACUGUUCUAUUCCAGCAGCAACGUUCUUGGACAAAUUGUCGUUGAUCUCGAUGAUCGUCUCACGCAGCCCAUCAACAGUUGGUUCGAUUUGCAACCGGAGAUGCAUUAAAUACCUCUACUAUAAGAAGAAACAAGAACAUUUUUUAUGUCGUGACAUAAUUUUAACGCAUGAUACAAAUACGUUUGUCAUCAUGCUUUUAACCUGUUUUUAGUCAUUCUAUGUUUUCAUAAGUGAUGUGCUUACUAAUUAAUCUGUCCAAGGUGGAAACCAGAUGCCUUACGAAUGCUUAUAUAUACUAUAUAUUUAAAAGAGAUCGAUGUUUAUAUAUAUAAGUAUAUACAUGAAAAAAAAAAUCAGUAUUUUUUUUCUCUUAUAGAAAUUGCUUGUUUUUUUGACAUUACUGUACUAUAAUUUCCUGUUCUUAUGAGGCAAACAUUAAUAUAUAUGUGCAUUUAUUGAUUGUUA